AUGAGUGAUAGUCGUGUUAUUGCAGAGAUAGGAGCGCAGACAGACCUCCCUCCUGGGACUGUUUUGCUUCAUGAUCUACAGAAGUCGUCGACUGAGAUCGUCCUGCACCCCAUUCCAACAGCUGAUCCAAAUGACCCCUUGAACUGGUCCAGGUGGCGCAAGGCGCUCAACUUCGCACUGGCCAACGUCUUCGUCCUCUUCACCUUUGUCCUCCUGGACAUCUCCUCAGUUGCGUACGGCUCAUACACGGUAGAGCUGCACAUUACAUACUCGACCUUCACAGUUGCAUCAGCUGUUGGCUUCACAGGUCUCGCCGUGGGGUGUGUGCUCUUCAUCCCAUUUGUCCACAAAUAUGGUCGGCGUCCAAUAUAUCUUCUGAGUUGCGCUGUGCAAUUUGCUUCUGCAGUGUGGUACGCCAAGAUGAAUAGCCGCGGAGAAAUGAUUGCUGUGAGCCUGUUAUCCGGUCUUGGGGGCGCCCUCAGCGAAACCCUAGUCCAGGUCACCAUUGCCGACCUGUUCUUCGUGCAUCAGCACGCGACCAUGAGCGCGAUAUUCUUGCUCGUGCAGGCUGCAGGCUCCUUCCUGGGUCCCGUUGCCGCCGGCUACGUGGUUGUUGCGCAAGGCUGGCGAUGGAUAUGGUGGUGGUGCGCCAUAUUCUUGGGUGCCAAUUUCUUCCUAGUUGGGGCCUUCUUCGAGGAAUCCAAGUACAUCCCCCAGAUAGCUGGUCAUCCACCGACGGCAACAGACCUGACUGAAGUGUCUGCCACUGACAAGGCCGACAAGAACGGCCUGAUACUAGUGGAACAAGACGAUGGCCACAUGCGUUACAUCGAUAUGAAGCCGCGAUCAUACAGACAGCGAAUGGCCCUGUUCACCAAGACGGACGCAUCGGUCACCCACCAUUUCUACCAGCCAUUUGUCAUUCUUUGCACAUUCCCAGCUGUCGCCUAUACAGCUCUGACAUAUGGGUGCUUGGUGGCAUGGUAUGCUGUGAUUGUCUCUGUGGUGGCUUCAACGAUCAUCUACCCCCCGUACAACUUCAGUGCGUCAAGCCUGGGUUUGAUGUCCAUUGCUCCGUUCGUGGGCUGUGCACUGGGCAGCAUUCUAGGAGGGCCGCUGAAUGAUCGACUGAUCAGCUGGUUGGCGAGAAGGAAUCGAGGGGUGUUUGAACCGGAGAUGCGCCUCUACAUGUCGGUGCCAGCAGCAGUCCUCAACGUGGGCGGGAUCUUGAUUGUGGGACUGGGACUUGCACAUGGCUUAGCUUGGCCAGCUCUCGCCAUCGGAUUCGGAGUCUUUGGAUUCGGUUUUGUCAUCAUUGGGGACGCCGCUUUGGCGUAUGUGACCGACUGUUACCAGGAUAUCGUUGGGGAUGCGCUCGUCGCCGUCGUCUUCGUCCGAAACGGAUUGUCCCUCGUCAUCAUGUUCUCACUGAGCCCCUGGCGUUCUGCACUUGGACUUCAAAACCUCUUCGUGUCCCUCGCCAUGAUUGCUCUUGCUAUCUUCCUUGUUCCCAUUCCACUAAUGAUUUGGGGAAAGAAGGCUCGGGUCAAGACUGCUGAAAGGUAUCGAAAUCUCUCAAAUCGUCAGUCGUCGCGACGGACUGUCUCGUGA